AGCGAUAAAAUAGUAUCGACAGAAUACCCAUCGCUAACAGAUUAAAAUGGUAAACACGGAAAAUUCAGAUCGCCGUUCAAAGCGGAGCAAAAGGCAAAAACCAGCCAGAUUUGUUUCACCAACACCCUCGCCAAUUCCAGUGAAUUCACAAAUACCAAGCGGUGCCGCUGAAGAAAAUGUCCCAACACCUCCGACUCCGGCUCCGCCUCCAGCUCAACCUGCACAGACUAGUGUUACCGAGGGAUCGAACAUCCUGGAAUUUCCAAGUAUACGAUCAAAGAAACCCAGUGUACCACCUGGUCCUUCAACAACGCAAAAUGCCGGAAAUAAAAAGGCUAAAAAACCAAGAAGAAACAGCGACACCUCAAGUGACGAGGAGCGUUGGUUGAAUGCAAUCGAAACGGGCAAACUGGAGGAUGUGGACGACGAAUUGAAGAAAAUCAAAGAUCCCAAACUGAUGACGGCACGUCAAAGAGCCAUGUAUGAGCGUACACAGGACUCGGAAACAAAUUUGUCCGGAUUUGCCGAAGAGUUAAUCUCCCUGCCCACCGGUUAUAGGGAAAAGGAAAAGCCCCAGACGGCAGAGGAAAUCCAAAAGGCUGCAUUGAAAUCGCAGAAACGUAAACAGCAAGCAGAUGAGCGGCGAGAAAAAGACAAACAAAAGACAAUGGAGCGUUUGCUAAAAAAGCAGGAAAGCAACAAGCAGCGCUCCGCAGCCCGCAACAAGCAAAAUCUGAAGCCUUCGUUACCAACUCUUACCUACAUAAAUACAUUGGACGGGGCCUAUAUCAUGGUGCCAACAGGACAAGAGUUUCCUCUCAAACCACAAAGCGCCAUUGAGCCACCCGCACCACAGAUCUGCCACAUAAACGGAUGCAGCAAUCGCAGAGCGUACACUUGCUCCACAACCAAAGUGCCACUUUGUAGGAGUCUGGAAUGUUACCGCAAAAAUCUCGCAGACUCCAGCAAGACUACAGUGGCUCCUGUAUAAAACAAAAAUAUACCUACUCAUAAUAUA